ACUGAGAGAUAGCGGCGAUGAUACGACGAGCAGUGCAACAGGGCAUCAGCGCCAGGUCUAGCCUAUCUGGGCUCCAGGUCACCCCCCGGCGGACCAUAGAUACGGCACCAGCCAGCUCAUCGUACAUGGAGCAGUUGGAGGUGGACUGGACUACAGCAAAACCUUUCGCAGAGAUUCCCGGUCCAACACGUUGGCAAUUGUGGCGUGGCUUCCAGAAGGGCGGCGAGUUCCAUGAUCUGGAUAUGGUCCAGCUAAUGGAUCUGUACCAGUCGCGAUUCGGGGACCUAUGUCGGGUACCAGGCCUGUUCGGCAUGCCCACCACUGUGUUCACGUUCAAGGUGGAGAACUUCGAGAGAGUCUACCGCACCGAGGGACAGUGGCCGGUGAGAGGGGGGGCCGAACCAGUGCUGCAUUAUCGUGCAAAUCGCAAGGACGGAUUCUUCAAGGACUGCACUGGACUGAUCAGCAAUGGUCCAGAGUGGGGCCGUCUCCGCAGCGCGGCGAACCCUAUUUUGAUGCAGCAUCGCAACGCUGACUUGUACUUGGAGCCUAUGCAGCGGGUCAACACGCAAUUUAUAGAUCGCAUCAGGGCCAUUCGGGAUACGGAGUCACAGGAGGUGCCUGGAAACUUUCUCGAUACCAUAAAUACCCUGACCUUUGAGUCUGUGGCUGUGGUGGCCCUGGACCGCGAGCUGGGACUUCUACGGGACUCCGAUCAAAGGCCAGAGGCCCUAGAGCUCUUCAGAAACAUUAAAAUCUUCCUACUAUGCUUCUUCGAGCUAGGCAUAAAGCCGUCGGUGUACAAGUACAUCAGCACGCCCACGUACAGGAAAUUCAGUAAGGCAUCGGAUGUGAUCUUUGACACCUGCUCGAUGUACGUAAACGAGGCUGUGGCACGCAUAGAGGGCCAGUCGGCAGCGGAGCGUGUGGGCCGUAAGAGUGUCUUGGAGCAGCUGCUGCAAAUCAAUCGAAAGUUCGCCGUGGUCAUGGCCAUGGACAUGCUCAUGGGAGCUGUGGACACCACCUCCUCGGCCCUAACUGGAAUCCUCCUGAGUCUGGCGAAGAAUCCCCAGCAGCAAAAGAAGCUGCGCGAGGAAAUAGUGUCCAGGCUGCCCCAGCCAGACCGCCAGUUCACUUUGGCGGAGAUGAAAUCGUUGCCAUACCUGCGUGCCUGCAUAAAGGAAGCGAUGAGGAUGUAUCCCGUUACCUUCGGCAAUAUCCGAUCGGCUGGAACAGAUGUCGUGCUGGAUGGCUAUCGCAUACCCCAGGGCACGAAUCUCCUCAUGCUCUCCACUAAUUUGCUGCGCGACGAACGCUUCUAUCCCCGACCCAAAGAAUAUCUGCCAGAGCGCUGGGUACGCCCCCAGGGCGACGACAGCACAGAUUCGCUUUUGCGGAAUAAUUUGAAUCCAUUUGUCUACUUACCGUUUGGCUUUGGUCCCCGCAUGUGUGUGGGCAAGCGAAUCGUAGACCUUGAGAUGGAGUUGACCGUGGCUAAUCUGGUGCGAAACUUCCACAUAGAGUUCAAUUACCCCACAGAAAAUGCCUUCACUAGCUCGUUCCUAAACAUGCCAAACAUUCCCCUGAGAUUUAAAUUUACAGAUGUGAAAUAUUAAUGAAUGAAUCAAAAGAUUUUUAAAAAUAA